CAAAGGAAAUAUGGCGCGAAAUUCAAAAUUCAGCGGAAAUAAAAAGGUUAGAGCGCGAAAUUCAAAUAUACAAACUAGAAAUAUUGAAACUUAUCAAGAACGAAAAUCAUUUAAAAAUGUAUCAGAAAGCAAAAUUGAAAAUGAAUCUGAACAAGUAGAAACAUUUGAAAUUAAUUUAGCGGGAAAUCCAAAUUCUUGUUUGAUUAAAAUUGCACAUAUGAAAGUUAGAAGUUUAAUUGACAGUGGAGCUUCAGUAUCUUUAUUGCAUAAUAAGAUUUACAAUUCAAUUAAGGGAUUACCAAAAUUAGAAAAAAAGAAAGUCAAUUUACAAGGAAUUAACGGGGCUUCUUUAAAUGUUUUAGGGAGUAUAAAUUUAGACUUUAACAUGAAAGGGAACAAAAUGAAUCAUACCUUUUAUGUAGUAUCUGACAUGAACAGAAAUGCAAUUUUGGGUCGUGAUUGGUUAGUAAAAUUUGGUGUUAGAGUUUAUUUUGAUUUGGGAUGUUUAAGGAUAAAUAAAACUUAUGUACCACUAGUGGAAGAUAUUCAUAUAGCUUCAAUUGUUAGGCUUGCUCAAACUACUGUAAUUAAACCUCAGACAAGUAAUAUCUGUUAUGUAAAAGGUAAUAAAAAUUAUACAACUUCAAGUUCUAAAUCUUUUGAAAUUUCACCAAUUACUAAGGGGCAUUUGAGUUAUCAACCAGGGUUAAUGGUUGCUAAUUCAGUUGCAAACUUUAAUGAAAAACGUCAUAUGCCAGUUCUUAUAAUAAAUACUACAAAUAAAACUUAUAAGUUUAGAAGGGGCAUAGCAAUAGGAAGGGCUUCACCAGUUUUAGAAGAAAAUGUUGUCUGA